GCCACAUCGGUGGGACUAGAGUGGUGGAAGACGCUUCUUGUUCUAUGGGGAACUGGCAACAACACCGCCCAUUGUUUGUGGAUUCUUAAACGCUGUUAUCAUCUGGGAACUGUGAUUAUUAUCAAUUAGAAGAAAGUAUGAAGAAAAAGGCAAUGUUUCAAGCCUUGUUGCUGUCGGCGACUGUAUCGUUUACAACGUUCAUCAUCAGCUACCACUGGCUGAGCCGAAACGAAGUACUAAUAACAAGAAACAUUUCCCGGACAGAUGAAUAUACAAACAAAUCCGAAGAAAACCCAACUAAAAGCCAGUGUGAAGCAGCAAUGAAGUCAGAGUAUUUUGAAACACCUUCAGAAUACUGUCGGUCAUCAUGUGCGAAAAACCUCAAAACAAAGAUGUUUUUCAGGUCUUCUCGAAUGAUUUUUAAUGACAAAUACAAGUUCAUAUUCUGUCCUGUGCCGAAAGUCGGGGUAACGAACUGGAGACGCAUUCUGCUCGUGCUGUCCGGCAAUGUGAAAAUCACCGACCCCUUGGAGUUCAGUCUGCCAAGCGUGCACGGUAAAUACUACAAGUAUCUGUCGUACCUGGCUACUCUCUCCGAGGUGAAGAGAGAAUACAGACUGAACACCUACUACAAGUUCAUGUUCGUUAGGGACCCGUUUGAGAGAAUUGUGUCCGCCUACAAUGACAAGUUCGUGAGGAGAAAUCGUUUUGCGUGGUCAGGGGUUGGUAAACAGAUAAUAAAGACUUACAGACAAGCACCAGAUAAGAAAUCGUUAAAAACAGGCCUGGGCGUGAAGUUUCAUGAGUUCGUCCAUUACAUUGUCGACUCGUCCGUGUAUUCUUUCAACGAGCACUGGGCGUUGAUGUCUAUGUUGUGUCUACCGUGUUCUAUCAAGUACCACUUUGUGGGCCACAUGGAUAGCAUGGAUUCCGAUUCACGGGAGGUCUUGGAAGAACUCGGUGUGUCCAAGCUAGUGCAAUACCCACACAGAGGUGACGACCACACAUAUGAAGAAAGCAAGACCAUGCUGGAGCGUUAUUACAGACAAAUACCACGGGAACAUUUAAUUAAACUCAAACGUAUAUAUCAUCUGGACUACCUAAUGUUUAACCUAACAUUUCCGUCCAGUUUGGAGUCGUUAUUGAACUAAUGGUGACAAAUCAUGACAUCAUUAAUGAUAUACUCGUUCAUUUUAACUUUAUUGUCCUGUUUAUAUCCAGUUAAGGUUCAAACACGCUAUCUUGAACACACCUAAAUAAUUAUGUGGGCCGUCGUCUGUCCAAGGUCGAUCCUAAUGUUUAAUGGGUGAGAGAGAGGGUGAGAGAGAGAGAGAGAGGGUGAGAGAGAGGGUGAGAGAGAGAGAGAGAGAGAGAGAGAGAGAG